AUGUCCUCCUCCUCCAACAACAACAACCACACCGAACCCACCACCAUGAAAGCAAUCCUCAUCACCCGCCCCGGCCCCCCCUCCACGCUGCAAAUCCACACCGACCUCCCCCUGCCCCAGCCCACCCCGGGCACCGUCCGCAUCCGCAUCCGCGCCUUUGGCGUCAACCACGCCGAGAUGCACAUGCGCCGCGGCGAGUGGGCCGAGUCCGUCCCCAUCAGCGGCAUCGAGUGUGUCGGCACGGUGGACGCCUGCCCCGGGGGCGAGUUUGCGGUGGGCGAGCCGGUGGCCGCGAUCAUGGGGGGGAUGGGCAGGACCGUGCCGGGGAGUUAUGCGCAGUUUACGGUGGUGAGGGUGGGGAAUGUGGUCGCGCUUGGGAACGGGGCUGUGGAGGGGGAUGGGGGGGAGUUGUCGUUGCCGCUGUCGUGGGCGGAGCUGGCCGCGCUGCCGGAGUCGUAUUGCACUGCGUGGACGUGUUUGUUUAGGAAUCUGGCGCUGCAGCGCGGGCAGCGGUUGUUGAUUCGGGGGGCGACGUCGGCGUUUGGGCGGGCUGCGUCCAACUUGGCGGUGGAGGCGGGCGCGGUGGUUACGGGCACGACGAGGAGCGAGGCCAAGUUUGCCGAGUUGAGGGCGCUUGGGGUGGCGGAUGUGGUGUUGGAGGGGCCUGGGCUGCCGGAGAGGCUGAGGGAGAGCGGGAGGGCUGGGGAGAAGUUUGAUCGGGUGCUGGAGCUCGUCGGGAACAGCACGGUUGUUGAGUCGCUGACGCUGGUGAAGAGGGAUGGGAGGGUCUGUCUGGCUGGGUGGCUUGGGGGGUUGGAUCCUAUCAAGGACUUCAACCCGUUGCUGCAGAUGGCCAGCGGGGUGCACUUGAACUUCUUUGGCAGCUUUGUCUUUGGGAAUCCCGAGUUCCCAUUGUCGGAUGUGCCGCUUAACAGCAUCGUACGGGCCGUGGCGGAUGGCAAGUUUGACGCGAAGCCGUUCAAGGUGUUUAGAUUCGACGAGAUUCAGGAGGCUCACCAGUAUAUGGAGGAUGGACGGGCAGCAGGAAAGAUGGUCGUGGUUGUGGACUAA